ACUGCUGCUGCUGUUAUCUGGGCAAGGAGAAAGGAAGUAGCGACGGGCUAGCUGGUUAGCCAGUCAGAAACAACACAGGUCUGUAACAGACAAGACCUUUGACACAUUAGUUUUGUUCUUAGAGGCGACUACCAGCCGUGCCGUUCACAUAAGGAUGCGAUUUAUUUUUAUUUCGUUUUUCUCGCGGUGCGUAUGUUUCGGUUUUUCCCCCACACCGGUUUCAAACCCUUCAAAAUUAGGAGACUGAGCUUUGUCUGCCUGGGAAUCCGCGGUUGCUGCUAGCUCCUUCGUUUUUGUCACGAGGGGAUUUUUUUCAUUUUUCAUUUUUGUUUUGUUUUGUUGUUUCUGUCAAAAAAAGGAGAAAACAAAGAAACAAGGUGAAACGUGGUUCUGAAUUUUGAAUUUUUCACCAGUCGUGRCGUGUCGCCGAGGAUUACAGCAGAACAAUGAGACUGACUGCUGUGGAAGGUGCUGUGUGGUGAGACAGAGGCGGUGGCUGUGCGGCAUGCUGAGGCCACUCCCCCUGGCUCAGGAUGAGUGUCAGAGAUGGCGCUGCCACCAUGGCAACAAAUGCAGGUGGAGGAGGAGUGGGGGGAGGUGGGCCCUCUGGRCCUAACAACCACGACGACCGCACGUACAUGCUUCAGAUUUACCCGCGACUGGUUUCACAGUCCUCCGCCUGCUGCAACCUCAGGGUGCAGAAGGACGCGACGGCAGCCUCUGUGAUCUCGGACGCCGCCGCGACUCUGGGGCUGGACCCCAGCCGCCUGUAUGUGCUGGCUGAGGUGAAGGAAUGUGGUGGGGAAGAAUGGGUGCUGGAAMCUGGAGACCUGCCGGUACAGAGGUUUCUGCUUUGGCCUCGAAAAGCCCAAGAACAGCAUGCUCGUAGCCUGGGCUUUUACUUUUUACUACAGGAGAGGAAUCGUGAUGGUUCUAUCCAAUAUGUCCACCUCCCACCUUUGUCCAAGGAACAAGAGGUACUACAGCUCGCUGACAGGGGCUUCCUCCCCCCUCCCCAGGACGAUUUUGCAGACCUCUGCAACCUCCCCGUCCUCAGUGAGGACAGCAUAUUAAACAAUCUACGCACACGCUUCCACAAGAGAAAAAURUACACCUAUGCAGGCAGCAUCCUCGUGGCCAUCAACCCCUUUAAGUUCCUGCCCAUCUACAACCCGAAAUACGUCAAAAUGUACGAGAACCACCAGCUGGGCAAACUGGAGCCUCACAUAUUUGCUAUCGCGGACGUGGCCUACUAUGCAAUGCUCAGGAAGAGGGUCAARCAGUGCAUUGUCAUCUCUGGGGAGAGCGGCUCGGGCAAGACCCAGAGCACCAACUUCCUGAUCCACUGCCUGACGGCGCUCAGCCAGAAGGGCUAUGCCAGCGGAGUGGAGAGGACCAUUCUGGGGGCRGGACCAGUCCUGGAGGCCUUUGGUAAUGCUAAAACAGCCCACAACAACAACUCCAGUCGUUUUGGUAAAUUCAUCCAGGUUAAUUAUCUGGAGAGCGGAGUGGUGCGAGGGGCUGUGGUGGAGAAGUACCUCCUGGAGAAGUCUCGCCUGGUCUCUAGAGAGAAGAACGAGAGGAACUAUCACGUGUUUUACUACCUGCUAUUGGGUGCUACAGCUGAAGAGAGGAAGGAGUAUAAAUUGCUGCCACCGGAGGAGUUCUUAUACCUCAAGCAGGAAAACUUUAAGAUCGAGGAUGAGGAAGAUCUGCGUCAUGAUUUUGAAAGGCUGCAGCAGGCGAUGGAGAUGGUUGGCUUCCUGCCAGCCACUAAAAAACAGAUCUUUUCUGUGCUCUCCGCAAUCCUUUAUCUUGGCAACGUGACUUACCAACGGAAGUCAACGGGCCGAGAGGAYGGUCUGGAGGUGGGGCCACCAGAAGUUCUGACCACCCUCUCCGACCUGCUGAAGGUUGAGGAGGAGCUGCUGGUUGAGGCGCUGACGAAGAGGAAAACGGUGACGGUCAAUGACAAGCUGAUUCUCCCCUACAGCCAGUCUGAGGCUAUCACAGCUAGAGACUCCAUGGCCAAAUCUCUUUACAGUGCCUUGUUUGACUGGAUAGUCCUUCGCAUCAACCAUGCACUGCUCAACAAAAAAGACAUGGAGGAAUCUGUUCCCUGCUUGUCCAUCGGUGUCUUGGACAUUUUUGGCUUCGAAGACUUCCAAGUCAACAGCUUCGAGCAGUUCUGCAUCAACUAUGCAAACGAGCAGCUGCAGUAUUACUUCAAUAAUCACAUUUUUAAUCUGGAGCAGGAGGAGUACCAAGCUGAGGGAAUCACCUGGCACAACAUCGACUACACGGACAACGUGGGCUGCAUCAAUCUCAUCAUCAAGAAGCCCACAGGCUUGUUGUAUCUCCUAGAUGAGGAGAGCAACUUCCCUCAUGCCACAGAUAAGACCUUGUUAGCCAAAUUCAAGCAGCAGCACCAGGGGAACAAAUACUUUGUCCCCACGCCGGUCAUGGAGCCCGCCUUUGUCAUUCAGCACUUUGCAGGGAAAGUCAAAUAUCACAUCAAGGAUUUCCGGGAGAAGAACACAGACCACAUGCGACCAGAUAUCAUAGCGCUGUUGAGGAGCAGCGACCGGGCGUUUGUGCGGCAGCUCAUCGGCAUGGACCCGGUGGCCAUGUUCCGAUGGGGCAUCCUGCGAGCUACGAUCAGAGGCCUCGCUGCUUUCAAUGAAGCUGGUCGUUCCUGGGCCGCCAAAACUGCAGGUGUUAUCCGUCCAGCCUCCAGAACUCCUCUUGGAGAACUCAAACGGUCCAAUGCCCCCAUAGAAAGAAUGUACAGACGAGCUUCUAUGCUCGAUUUCUACUUUGAUCACUCAGAGGAGCGCCCUCUAGAGGCCUUUGAAGACAUCUUUGCUAGCUUUGAGAAUAAGAAAGACAUGCAUGCAGAGAUCAUCAGCUCCAUUAAGAACUUGCAGCUGGACGGGGAGGACCCUCGCAAGCUGCUUCAAUCUUGGGGUCGCCUCCGCUUUCCACGAAACGUCCUCCAGAAAAACAAGACCGUCCGACAGAGGCAGGCCAUCCCCAAGAGUUUGCUGGAUUCGCAGUCGUUGAAGUUCAUCGUGAGUCUGACGCUGCACGACCGCACCACCAAGUCUCUGCUGCACCUGCACAAGAAGAAGAAACCGCCCAGCAUCAGCGCUCAGUUCCAGAACUCUCUGACCAAACUGUUAGAGACUCUGAACAAAGCAGAGCCUUUCUUCAUUCGUUGUAUCCGCUCCAACGCCGAGAAGGAGCAGAUGUAUCUGGAUGAGGCCUUGGUGCUUCAGCAACUCCAUUACACAGGAAUGCUGGAAACUGUUCGCAUCAGGAGGUCAGGCUACGGAGCCAAGUACACCUUCCAGGAAUUUGUGGAGCAGUUCAGGGUUUUGCUGCCAAAGAUCACCUCUGCCUCCAAAGAUGACAUCUUAGAGCUGCUUGAAAAGAAAAUGCACCUCGACCCCACCACGUACCAGAUAGGCAAAACUAAGGUGUUUCUAAAGGAGCUGGAGCGACAGAAACUGCAGGACAUGUUGCACAAGGACGUCAUGCGGAAGAUCAUCUUCCUUCAGCGCUGGUUCAGAGCUCGCCUGCAGAGGCAGGAGUUUCUAGACAUGAGGAGGGCAGCCAUCUUGAUCCAGUUCUCUUGGCGUAGUUACUGCAGAAAGGAGCAAAGGCGACAGGCGGCGACUCUGAUCCAGGCGGUGUGGAGGGGACACAGGCAGAGAUUAGAGUACCACCGACAAAAACAAGGCGCUACAAAAAUACAAGCCCUGGUCAGGGGGCUCUCAGCACGCAAAAGGUGUCAUUCCAUCCGUGAGGAGAAACGAAAGAAAGAAGAGGAAGAGGAGGCCCUUAGGCGAGCAGAAGAAGAAGAAAGGAGGAAGAAAGAGGAGCAGGAGGAAGAGGCGAGGCGAAAAGCAGAAGAGGAAGCUAAACGGAGAAUGGAAGAAGAAGCAAGGAGGAGGAGAGCGGAGGAGGAGAAGGCAGCAGCCAGGAAAGCACAGGAGCAGAGGGAGGAAGAGGAGCGAAGGGGAGCGCGGGAGCCUCAGACAAGAGAGGACCCCGAUAUAGAGCUGGUCAACGAGGAGAUGCUGGAUGAAAACCUCUCUGCUCCGGAGGAGGAAGAGGAAAAUGCCAGCUCACAUACAGAUGAGGAGCUGGAGGGUGAGGAGCUGGGCUUGAAGACUAACGGCGCCACGUCUGAGGCUGGACCUCAGCAGGAGGAGGAGGASGACGACGACGACGACGACAGUUUGGAGAACCAAACACAAGGACGGCCGGACCCAAAAUUGGUGCUGCCCUCAAAUGAGGUCACCCCUAACGCACUUAAGUCCACGUCUUCGACUCAGGGGGAGGAGCCGACCAGCACUACCUCCACAAGUCCACCUGCUGAGGAGAAGAGGGGCCAGCCCGCUCUGAUCCACAAGCACCCCUCAUCCAAGAAGAGAGAGGAGAGGAGACGAAGAGGCCUGGAGCACAACAAGAUGGCGACGGAACGAGCUGCCGCCUCAGCCUCCUCCUCCUCCUCCUCCUCCUCCUCCUCCUCCUCUGAAGCCACCAGCAAAGAUCAGACAACUCCACCGAAGAGCAAGAACCAGGAGACAUCUAAGCUCAAAGAGAGGUCGGACAGCAAGGAGCUGGACCAGUACACCUUCGUCAACUGGAAGGUGAAGGACGACAAGGGAGGGAAGAAGGAGGCGAAAGGUUCUCCUCCCUCUGCCGGUCCGGCCCGACCCUCUACGUUACCCCUGGUGCCUGUUGACGCCACGUGGGAGAGACACGAGGACGGCGUCGGAGCCGUGAAUCUGCAGCGCCGCUCCGGAGCCAUAAAGGAGAAACCAGAAAAAUGGAAGGGAAGGAGGAUUAARGAGGAAAACUCAAAGGGCACCGGCUCUCCUCCUCUUCACAACCGAGAGGAGAGGACAAUAAAACCCCAGCUGAGCGACGUGUCACACCCAUCAAYUGACAGUUUUUCUUCAAGUUCUGAAGUUGCUGCUGCUGUUUCGAGCAGAGAGACACACCCCUCGUCAGAAACUCACAGUGUUGGCCUAAAGGAAAGCUCCGUCCCAAAGAAGCAGCAGGAGGGUUUUGGUCCCCAGGAGUCAGUCCACUCCAGCGCUUCCACUCCAGACAAGUCUGGUGGAUUCUUCAAGUUUUUGAAGAAACGAUCCAAAGAGGCCCAGACUCCGGACAACGAAGAGCUGACGUUAAUUCAGUCCCUCAACGCCAAGUCAACACACACAGAAGUGUCUCCAUCUGGACAUGUGUCUCGGACUCUCCCUCACCCCCACAGCGACCGUGCCGGCCGGACUUUGGGCAGAAACCCCACCAUUAAGAUCAGUCGAGCRACGCGGGUGUCGGAGCAGUGGAACGCCUCGCUGGACCGAGAAAUCAAAAACGCCAACGAGCUGCGGCACCUCGACGAGUUCCUGGGCAACCAGGUCAACGAUUUUCGAUCCAGGGGCAAGUCUCUGUCCAGUACAGAAUCCAUUUUUGUCACAGCCACCUCGCAGUUCAGAGACANGGGUUCAGACUAUGUUUUGGAAAUAGUCAACGAUUUUCGAUCCAGGGGCAAGUCUCUGUCCAGUACAGAAUCCAUUUUUGUCACAGCCACCUCGCAGUUCAGAGACACCAUCAAAUCCAUGUACUCUGUCCAGAAACCCACCAUCGGCUACAAAGGUCUAAUGUCGGGCUACCAGAACAAAGUGAUCCACUUGGCCGGUUACGAACACCAAGAGGACGUCCCGCUCGUGGUCAACCUGUUCCAGUCCGUGCUGGACGGCUUCAUCAGAGGAGAAAUGAAGAAGGAAGAGGCGGAGCCUGCAAAGCUUGCCAAAACUAGAAAAAAGAGGAGGAACAAACAUAAAAGUGCGCAGUGCUUCCUGGAUCAUGGUUUUGUCAACUACCAGGUCAGCAUCGUGCAGUCGUGUGACCAGUGCAGCUCUUACAUCUGGGUCAUGGAGAAAGCCUACAUGUGCUGUCAUUGUAAGAUGGUGUGCCACAAGAAGUGUCUUAGCAAAGUAAACAUCGACUGCUCCACUUUCUGUGCCAGAAAGAGCGACGAGGUCAUCACCGGGCAGCACUUUAAGGUGCGCGUCUGUCACCUGGUGAGCGAGAAGAACCCYGUGCCGGUGGUUCUGGAGAUGAUGCUGGAGCACGUGGAGAUGCACGGUCUCUACACCGAGGGCAUCUAUCGCAAAUCUGGCUCCGCCAAUCGCAUCAAAGACCUGCACCAGCGGCUGGAAACGGAUCCCCAUCUAGUCCACCUGGAAGACUAUCCCAUCCACACAGUAACUGGCCUGGUGAAGCAGUGGCUCCGGGAGCUACCAGAUCCACUCAUGACCUUCGCACAUUACAACGACUUCCUUCAUGCAGUGGAACUGCCAGAAACUCAGGAGCAGCUUCAUGCCAUCUAUAAAGUCCUGGAGGAGCUUCCCUCAGCAAACUUCAGCACAUUAGAGCGACUCAUCUUCCACCUUGUCAGGGUCUCCAAAGAAGAGGCUCACAACCGCAUGUCCCCCAACUCUCUGGCCAUAGUGUUUGCACCGUGCAUCCUGCGCUGCCCUGACACCGCCGACCCGCUGCUCAGCAUGAAGGAUGUCGCCAAGACCACAACCUGUGUGGAGAUGCUCAUCGUGGAGCAGACCAGACGAUACAACGAGAAGAUGGAGGAGAUCGAGCAGCUGGAGUACGCCGAGGCUCUGGCUGUGAGCCAACUCAAACUCAAGAGGAAGAACACGCACUACCUGCAUUUACCUCUCAGGUACUCAGCUCCUUACAAAGGAGUGGUGAUGCACGAGAAGGGGAGCUCUGAUCUCAGCGUGGUCCCUGAGAACGAGCCGCUGGACUCGGACACCGAGAACAACCUGGUYGAACGCAUCAAAUCCAUCAAACAGGAAAAAGACGACCUCGCUGUGCGGCUGCCGGACAUGGAGCAGCCCGGCUCAGACCAGGAGAACUUGGACUUGGAAGCGUCGCUGAGCUCCAAGAGCCUCCUGGACGAGCAGCAGUGCUCUUCUGCUCACAGUUCAGAGCCGGAAGGUCCAAGUGUCGCCCAGUUGAAGAGACAAAAGCUAGUUAGCUCUCCUAAACCCUCAGAUCUGGUGCAGCGACCUAAAGUUCUUGCUGGAAGCGUCUCUCUGAUGAACCUCACCCCGGCCAGCUCCACUUCCUCCGUGUCAAGCUCCGCCUCCUCUGUGUCAAGCUCCGCCUCCUCCGUGUCUGAAUCCUUCUCCUCCUCCUUCAGGCACGUCCUGCAGCGCCGCAACCCCGUCAUCCCGGACACGGUCAAACUGCCGCAGGGCGUCUGUCCCCACAAGGCGACCUCCAGCCCCGCUCAGACCCGCACCCCUCCCGCACCCCGGGACUCGACGCGCUCGUCGAGGAAAAGGGAUCAGCGCGGCCGCCGUCAAGACAGCACCCAGUCCCUUUACGUGGACGAGUCCGAGUGUGACCCGCUGCUCCGUUUCUCCUCGUGUCCUCCCUCCGCCUCGUCCUCCUCGUCCUCCUCCUCGCUCCCUCCUCAGAUCCAGCCGCCCCAGGUGGACACCUCCAGGGUCCAGAGGCGCUUCUCGGACCCGGACAUCCUUUACGUGGACGAUGACGCCUGACCCUGGCGUGGCCUGAAAACGAUGAGUCGUUUAAUAAAAGGGCAACAACCUCCUGACGUAAACGAUAAAAAUCCAUCCAGAUUCCAGACGAGGAUCCAACUCAGAGCAGCGGAACGAGACCUGAGAAAACUGGAUGAGUUCGCAAAGUCAGACUGAAGUAGCGGUGGCUGUUACAGUUCUUACCAGAGAGAAACUUUUCUUAUUGACAGUAAAAUAACUGGACAAGUUGUUGCCAAGCACCUUUUAAAAAAAAAAUCAUUUUAAUGUAUUUGUGAAUCUUUCGAUGAGUUUAUUUUGAAUUCAUCUUCUGUAGCCUCUCAGAUUUUUUAAAAUCUGCACAGCAAGAAAAUGUGGCAGGUUACGGUCAUUUUUAAUUUUUAUUUUUUAGUUUCUGUUCUCACGCUGAGCAAAAUGUGCUCAGUGAGCUGUUUGUUAGUGCCUUGAUGUUUUACGGUGAGUUGAUAAACUCACMUUUCAAACCAGAAUUACUGAAAAGGACUCGUAGAGAGGGGGAGGGGAUUGGAGAGGUGGUCUUUGUCUCAGCUGGUUGUGUUUGUCGCCCUGAGCUGCCACAAGGCCCGUUCGGACCCAGAACCUAACCAUGCACAUUCUGUACGACUUCAUCCUCGACCUGCUGCACAACAAAACACCCGAUAGGAACUUAUUGCUUUCAGUUGGCAAAAGGGAAACGGAAGCAGCACGCGCCACUUUUUCCUCUGAAACACAGAAAAUAAAAUUAUAAUAAUAAAACAAACCUCCACYCCACGAUGUUCUUCAAAAGCUCCAGCGAGUCACCCUCCUCCCCGUCGAAGGAACGUGACUCCGCUCAGCGGUGGGCGGUCCCAGACGGCGAACASCGUUCUGCUGGAGCGCAGCCUCGGCCGACUUUGUGUAAAAUGAAAUGUAAUACUAAUGUUUCUCUGUGACUGCUGAAUGAUGUUUGUCUGGAUUUUAAGGAAGAUGCUCUGAUGUGUAACAGACUGUGUGUUUGGGACUGAAUGACAAAAGUUGUAAUGGUUAUUAGUAUUAACAUGGAAAUACAGUACAUGAUGCUUGUAA